UCCGUUGAGAUGUGACCAUGGCUCGUUGCAAGGUUUCGACAGCGUUUUAGAUCAAUACCUAGCUGUUACGGAAGGGUACUUUGGAUUGCGUUGAAUCUGGGAAGGUGCGGAGGUAUUCCCCUUGGCUGACCAUACCGUACCGUACCAUACCGCAUUUCCCUACGAUCUGUCCUGCCCCGACAGCCCGAAGUGGUUUAGCGCGACUGGUUCUUUCAGUCUGGUCGUCACACUUUUCCGCGCUUUCUCUUCUUCCUCCAACAGCGGACGCCCCGUACCAUACCACCAAUACCAUACCACUGAUACGAGGCGUAAUAAACAUACAUUCAUUCAAUUUGAUCAAUCAGCCUCCAUACAACCAUCCCUCAACCUCCAUCGUCCUCCUUCGACGCCGCCAUUCUAUACUCCUUUCCAGCCCUCCAGCCUCCCUAUCACUGUCUACUGCCCAUAUCACCGUAUACACGCCUUGUUGCCAUCGCUCUUUCGCAUCUUCCUGUUCCUGAUCCCUUGUGCACAAUUCCUACGCCAUCUUGGCUGCCGAUCGACGGCCCCUUCGAGUCCCUCCCCGUUGCGUUGCCCUACUCCUAUAGUAGUGGAAUAACGUCCAUUUUAACCCUCAGGUUCUCGACCGGGUAAAAACCUGUCUAGCUACAUUUAUUUUGUGGCAGCAACCAGAUAUAUCGGCAAAAGGGCGUGGUCGGAUUUUCACAGCCACUCACCGGUCUUCUCAUUGAUAUAUCGGACGGGCCCUCCCCCCAUCCCCGCGAACCCAAUUAAGGGCUGCAACUCCUACUUUACGUUCGACUAUACCAGGGCAUUGAUUUGAUCUUUGAACGGAAGGCCAACAUUGACACUGGCUGUCAGACCUUCUGGUGACCUGGACGUGUUGAAGCAGUAUUUCACAGGACCCUCGCUAUCUCUCACCCUCACCCCCCUCGCAGGAAGUCGCUCUGGUGCAUUCCCACGAUACUUAUAUAACCUCCUGCCUAAAACCCAAUAUAUAUCGAACUCGGCGAAUUAUAUCCUCGUUUCUGAUUUUCCGGGGAAAAUUUCUGCGGGCCACCUAGUGACCGUUUUCUCUGCAUCUCUGCGUUAUCGGGGCCAGUCUGGGACCGAAAACAAUCUCUCCGAAGCUUGGAUUCCUUGUUGUUUGAGGCUUGUGGGACAUUACUUGGGGGAGUGGACAGCUUGGCUGAUACCGUUGCGGUCCCCUUAUGAAAUCACGUAUCGAUGGGAAUGCCGGUUCAUCUCACAUCACAGGUGACGUCUCACCGAUAGCGUCUAAUACGUCUUCCGAAAUGGCGUGGGCCAUCCCCGCCGACCUUUCGCGACACAUUCCUCUCAAAUCCUCUUUUACUUCGCAACACUCGAGCUCAUUGCCGUCUACUCCUUAUCACCACCCUCGCGACCUCCAGUUCGUCUCGAGAUCCCCUUCACCGAACCGCAGGAGCAGUUCUCCACGAUCUACCCACUCAGAGUCUACGCACUUACUCCCAUCACUACGACGGCCCUAUGGAGGUUGUAAAUAUGAGACUGGGAUGGCCCAUUUCCGGCGGCGGAUUCCGUAUUCGCUGGGGAGCGAACUCUUACCCAGGGAAUCGGGUCCGCUCAAGGAACAGCUGGAUCCCGCUGACGAGAAAAAGCUCACUGGUGAUAUGAGAGAACUUUAUCAUAGGUUGCUGCCGUCUGAGGAAAGCGAACAGAGACGGUCAAAGUUUGUGAACAAGCUGGAAAAAUUGCUGAAUAAACAAUGGCCGGGGAACAACAUUCGAGUUCAUGUGUUUGGAUCAUCUGGAAACAAGCUCUGUUCAAGUGAUUCCGAUGUUGACAUUUGCAUUACUACAACCUACAAGGAGCUUGAGAAGGUUUGCAUACUGGCUGACUUUCUUGCUAAAAGUGGCAUGGAACGAGUUGUUUGCGUUUCUCAUGCAAGAGUUCCGAUUGUGAAAAUCUGGGAUCCCGAACUGCGAUUGGCAUGCGAUAUGAACGUCAACAACACCCUUGCUCUCGAGAAUACUCGAAUGAUCCGAACAUAUGUUGAGAUCGAUGAACGAGUACGACCCUUAGCAAUGAUUGUUAAGUACUGGACUAAAAGACGGAUACUGAAUGAUGCCGCUCUUGGUGGAACUCUGAGUUCUUAUACAUGGAUAUGUCUGAUAAUCAACUUUCUCCAAACGAGGACUAUCCCCAUCUUACCUAGUUUACAAGAAAGAUGUGCCAAAAAUACUAACGAUACAGGUGGUUCGGGUUCGUCGUUUGACGAUGACCUCGAAAAGCUUGCUGGAUUCGGGAAGGAGAACAAAUCGACCUUGGGCGAACUUCUCUUCCAGUUUUUUCGGUAUUAUGGGCAUGAAAUUGAUUAUGAAACAAAAGUCAUGUCAGUCCGGAAGGGUACGUUGAUAUCGAAAGAAGGGAAAGGCUGGCAUCUUCUACAGAAUAAUCGCCUCUGUGUGGAGGAGCCGUUCAAUACAUCGCGGAAUCUUGGCAAUACCGCAGAUGAUACCUCUUUCCGUGGAUUGCAUCUGGAAUUACGGCGGGCGUUUAUUGCGGUAUCUGAGGGGAAAUUGGACGAGUGCUGUGAGCAAUAUGAGUAUCCUCCUGAGGAAGAACGCAAUUGGGAAAGACCGCCACCUCAGCCACGACCAAUACUCGCACCUACUCCUGCUAUUUCUUCGCGCGGAGGCAGAGGGGGAGGCAGAGGAGGUCGCCAUAAUACUCACUAUAAUCGGGGACAAAACACUGGCCGCCGGCCCUCAAGCAGUGCGAACCGCCCUAACAACGCUCGACAUACAAAUCCAUCAUUCGCAGCAGAUAUUGCACUCCAAGCCCAACAGGCACAGCAGGCGCAGUACUUACUCCAUGACCAUCUUUAUCAGCAAAUACAAAUCCUGCAAGCUCAAGAGCAGGAGUUGCGAAUGCAACUUCAAAAUCAAGCGCUCAUUAGUGGCAGGCCACCUCCAACCCUACUUCGACAGCCGUAUCUGCAGUUUCCGUUUCAACAGCAAGACCCAUCUGGUCCAGAUGAAAAUUCAAGAGCCCGAGCCGGAACUGUAAAUCACCCGCCUUUAAGCGCGCCUGUUCGGCAGCACGUAUUUUAUAACCCUUCUUUCAUUCCAAUAUCCCUUCCCACUCCCCAGGGAACCAACACAGACCCACCAUCUCCCUCCAUGGCUGCGGCCCCUUCUGACGCUCGUCGUAAUCAUCGACGAUCCUCGGUUGCGAAUGGUUCCCCUCGCGGAUCGCUGCGAGCUCAAUCCCAACCUGCACGGCCUUUACAAUCUCCAGUGGUACAAAACUUUGGUGGCAUAUAUCAGUCCGUACCUCCGGGUGAAGCUCCUCAUACGCCAAUCUCAAGACUGCCACCAGCUUCUCCAAAGAGGGCAGGUGCUGAACCCGAAGCACCUAUCACAAACGGCAUUCCUAUGUUUGCAAGACCGUAUAUGGACGAAAAUCGAGCCUCAGAGUACGUUGGCUAUUAUUUAGGAGAUUCCCCUCAAUCUCAGACAACCCUUAAUCUUCCAAUGACAUCUCCCCAUUCUAUAGCCACCGGGUUGGCAAUCCAAAACAGCGGACUGUUCUCACACCUCCGGAAUCAAGCGGAGUAUCAUCAUACCGUGAGGACUUCUACUGAAAAGACCAGCCCCCCCACGGAAUAUGCCCACGUGCCUGACCAUAGCAGGCGUUCAAAAAAUAAUCAACCCUGCGGUCGACCCAAGUCCCAAAAGGAUCGAGGUCCGCUCAUCGUUGAUGGCUCCAUCCCGAUCGGCGACCGCCACAACUCGUUGCCAACAGAAAAUCAAGAUCAUUUCGUGCCCAUGAGUCUCAGCACUUCGGCAUCCGAAGAUAGGCCGUUUGAUACUCCUGGUAGUGCAUCAGACACACUCUCCCAAGGGUUGCCAGACCAUGUCCCCUUUGAUGAGGAAUAUGAAAAGGCCCUCGGACGGGGUGGACAAGCUAAUCAAUCGCAACCUCAUAUGAACGGUUGGGAUUCUACCAGUACUAAGGGUGCUUCGCUAAAUGGUCACCUCACCUUGUCAGAAAGGCUCCAAAGACAUCAAAUAUCCGAUACCGGCCGCUCACCGGAUUCACACGGGAAGAUGAAAAUGAAUCAUUACAAGGGGCCAAAACAAUACACAUAUAGUGCGGAAAGUCGACUGCUUGAAAAAGAGCACCAUGGUCCAUAUGAUAACUUUAUCCAGUCAGCUAAUCCCUUGUCUGCUCUCUCCCCGGUAAAAGAAACGCGAACUGCUUCACCAACUACAAAACGACGAGCAAAUGGCGUAGAUUCUGAAAAAACCAAUGGAUCGAGCCACAGGAACAGACAGCGGGGACGCCAUGAUUCUGUCAGCACUCACCAUCAGUCAGACAAUAACAAAGAGAAGCAGACGGAUGCCCACCAUCGAAAACCCAAUGGCGUGCCAUCAUCUACUAAUGGAGCCGGUGGAAACGAGCAUCAUCACCAUGCUGGAUCAGGCUCUACUGGUUGGCAAAUGACGAAGAAGAAGAACAAAAAGGGGAACAAAGCCACUGCAGAACCAGCACAUAACCUUUCCAAUGGCGUCGAGCCUCUCCCAACUGAUGUGUCAUUGAGGAAAGGUGGCUGAUGUGGGACAAAUAUUUUAUUUCAGCUGCGGGUCAUUGCGACCUCACUCCAGAUUAUGAUGUGGAUGUGAUUUUAUGAUUAUUAUCGCCAGGGUGGCUCUGUUUUCACCCGCAAACUUAACCGCCAUUUUUUACUUUGCGCUUGCUCCUUAAGAGUCACUGCCAAUGCGCUGUACGAUACCUUGAAAAGAAACAGCUAAAUGUCGGCUUCCCAAAAAAGAUGCCACCCAAUGACUUGCUCAUACGGCUUCGCCUCAGAUGAGGAGGCUCAUUUUAUUUCAUCAACCUCACUCGACGGUAUGAGGCCUCUACGAAGCGGCUCUUGAAGGCAAGACGUGAUAUCAACCACCUUUCUACGCAUGUCAUGUGGCCGUGCAGCUUUAUGUCGUAUCCAUCCACGUGUAUCAAUACGCCGCUGGAGUGUGAUUUAUCUUAUGAGCAAAAAAAGGCAACAAAACACUUUAGUAGUGAUAUCCUACCAUCGGCUCACCGCCACGGUCGCGUUAGUCGACCAGAAGGAGGAUUACUUGUGUAGGAUGCUUCAAAGGAGAACAAGAAGGAUAAUGGUCGCAAAGAGAGCAGAGUUCACGAAGAUAGCAAGGAGAAAUGCAAAGGAAGGAUCAGGAAUGGAAAAUAAAAUAUCUCUGGGAGAAAUUACCUCGGUUGUCUUUUUGCCUUUUUUUUUUUUUUCUUUUUUUUACACUUUCCAUAACUAUACAUUUCCCUCUUUCUGCACAGUCAUGAAACGAGUGCGUUUUUUGUUGAGAUCUUUUUUGGCAUGUUUUUUUUUUUUUUUUCCUUUUUAGUUUGCAAAAAAAGAGCCGAAGAAAUGAUAUUUUCCUUUCAUUUUUCUUUGUCUAUUCAGAUGUGGGAGGUUUUUUCUUUUCUUUUCUUUUUUUUAACUUCCCCCUUUCGAAGAAAUUUCUUGAUGUCCUUUUACUGCAACCUUUAUUUUUCCCACUGCUCUUCAGGGUCGGAUUCCCCCCUUCUUGUCCUUAAUCCCCUGUUCCGUUUUUGCUCUUUAGUACCGUACAUUAUUCAUAUCUCAUACCGGUGUCCUCUUUGCGUUUGAAAACAUGACUUACUUUUACCAUAUUACAUUGCGCAUUAGUCAUGAUUAUCCAGUUCCAUUUCAAUGUUCCUGAUUGAUUGUUCUUGUGUCAGCGUGUGUCUUAUCUGCUUCCUUGUCGGAUAUUCUUUGUCCUUUUUUUUGCUCCUUUUCAAGUUGGAUUUUACAGGUAUCAUUGUUUGUCAUUCAUCACUCGGCCUAUCAGUAUCAAAAUUGCUUGUUACACCUGUAUGGCUUUUUUAUUUUUUAUACUAUUUUCUAUCUUCAUUCUGCUAUGUUUCUAUGUCAUCACUUAACUUGCUUAAAUUGUUUGGUUUCUACUGUUACCACUCUGCAUCAUCAUUAUAUAAAGAUUACCGUGGGGGGGGGUUUCAUUUUCCCUCUGUUGUGUGUGUUCUUUAAUUUUCUCCAGUGUUUUAACAUUAUUCUAUUCCGAAUUUUUUUUUUUUAUUUUUAUUUCAAACUUUCUACCAUGCGUUUUCGUCUAGCUAAAGGGGUUAUAGUAGUUACGAAGAAUACAACAAUACAAUUAUUAAAACUAUAAAUUGACAAAGUCC